AGUGAGUUGGUGUGAGUGUCUAGUUGAGGAUUUGACUUUGUUCUGUGCGGUGUGUUUUAGUUGUUCAGAGGUAUUUUUGAAAACCUGGACAUGCAGAUGGACAUGUAUCUUUCAAACAGCUCUGAGGCUAAUGCCACACUGCCAAGUGAGGACUGGAGAGCUGUUUACUCUGCAGUCCGGUGGAUUCAAAUGUCAAUGGCACUUCUAAGUAUUUUAGGCUCGGGCUCCAUCAUUUUCUACACUGUUCUCCAAAAACAUGUACGAAGGUCUGAGGUACAACCUCUGUUUCUUUUGAGUUUAACGGACCUGCUGUUAGCUGUGAGCUGGUUGAGUGGGGCUCUUCUCUACAGCAACUCCUGUGAAUCCCAUGCUACCUGUUACAACCUCCAUACUGUGGAGCAGACUCUCUUCAUGGCUUCCUUUUUCUAUACACUUCACUAUGUGUGGGUGCUCUACACUGGUCUAAAAGAGAAGUAUUACUGCAGGCUGAAUGGUUUCCCAGCUCAGCUUCCGGCCCAGCCUAGCAAAUGCAGUCAUCUGGUAGCAGUUAUGUCCUGCGUUUUGCCACUGAUCCUCACUGUGCCAGUGUUCAUAACAGGAAAUGUGUCGCAUUGUUAUGUGAACUUUACCCAGCCAUACAGAUGCCUUUUGUUACACACCGGUUCUCUCUACCUUACCUCACAGGAGAGCGAGAUGCUUAUGGCUUGUAAGAUCGUCAGUGACUACACCAUCGCUAUCUUCUUAAUAACCUUCUUCUUCACUCUUAUUGGGAUUGUGGUGCUGAUGGUGAAAGCUCGCUCCGUGUACAAGCGCUGUGUUACUUCUCACGGCUUUUUUGCUGACCGCCAAAGGACCACACUUCGUUUGCUGGAAAAGCGCAUGGUCCUUUACCCAUCUGCAUUCUUCUUCUGCUGGGGACCAGCGAUUUUCCUGGCCACCAUUUUGCUAUUCAAACCAGAGGAAGUGGAAGGAAAGGUGGGCGUUAUUCUGUACAUUCUACAGGCUUUCACCUCAGGCUCUCAGGGUCUGUUGAACUGUCUGGUGUAUGGGUGGACCCAGCAACGUUUCUACACCCUAAGCAGUGGCCCCCUGCGAGAUGCCGAUACCCAAACACCACUGUUGCGCUCCCAGAAGAACUCUUACAACACUCUUUAUUCAUCCAGCACAAGAUUGCAACAUAUCUAAGCGAUGUGAGAAGAGACAUACGUCUCUAUGGACUAAAAUGCCUUAUGACUUGUCCUGAGGGAGUUCUGGUUAAUCGUGUCACUACUAUCCAUGUGUGAAGUACAUCUCUGAAGAGUUUUUUUUAUUUUCUUCUAAGAUCACACAUGGAGAAUUUUCUUGCAAUGACAGCAACGCCAGGUGGCCAGUCAAGAUGGACGAGGACCAAAAAAAAACAUCUGAGAUUUUCAAAAAGGAAGAGGUCUAGUAUUGGUUUUGUUCUGAGUCCUGCUGCUGCACCUGCCACCAGAAAGCCGAGCAUAAAAAAUCCUCUAUAAUGCCUUCUAGCUAAGUUUAUAACCAGCAUUUAUAAACUUGUUCAUUAGGUUAGAGAGUGACAAGUAAGAUAGGACUUUAUCUAGACUUUUUGUCUGGCACAAAAAGUACGAACUUUACCUUUUCGAAGAUUCACACCAAAGACGAAACAGGAGUCUGGUUUACAGGAGUCUGGUAUCAGACUGAGCAUUUCCCAGAGCGCCCAACUGAAAAUACCACAAAACCACAAAAAAAAAAGUGUUUACUAAAAAGACACAGGAAUGGGUUCUUCUUUCUACCGUAUUUCAAGUAGUGCAUGAAAAGUGCUACAACGCCUGGGACAUUUUUUUUCUUGGGUAAACAUAUAUCAAAAACAAAAUCUGGGAACUUCAUUUGAGUUGUAUAGCAUUUUUAACAAUAUACACAAACCAGUUUUCAUAGAAAUCUGGAUGCUAAUAUGAUAUAUUGAAUUAUUUUUAUUAAACACAUGACACGCUUUGCUGCUAUACAGAAAUCUGUGUGAAUGAUACACACAUUUACAUUUCAUAUAAUGGAACAUCUCAUGUAUGUUGUAAAAAGUUCUCUCUCUCUCAUGGUCUUUCCUGUAUUCCCUCUCCUGAUGUUAAUAACACAAAAAAAACAACUGCAA